AUGAAUCUCCGACAGAGCACCGCGCAAUGGCGCCAGACCAAGUCCACGAAAAGCAUACAUGCUCUACGACAAUGGUUUGAUGGCCUGAGACAUGUCCCCGAAUUCCGCCAGGGCGCGCGGCGACUCCUCCCGCCAGCGCAGGGCCCAUCUCAAGUCCAGGAAUGGCUGCGCAAGGUGCAAGAGGCUGAGGAAAAAGGUACGCAAUAUCCUCCAUUCCGCGGUGCGCAUCCUAUGUGCCUGACUGACACAUGUAUUGCUAGUGUGAUGAAAAACAGCCGAGAUGGUGUCCAUUGCGACUACGGCACCGCUGCCGACGGCGUUGAUGAGGCGGGGAGCAGCAGCGUCUCGGAGCGACAUAGUCGGCAGGCGACCGGCGUCCCGGACUCGGCGAUGCGAGACUCGGUCUCUACGGACCCGCACUCGGCCCAUACGCCGACCAGCUCCCAUCCGCAUGCGCGUAGCGCCGACGCCGCGUUUCCCGCUGUCGGCACGCGACCCAUGCUCAACGCGCGCGAGCUGGCGCUGUUUAGCCACUACAUUACGCACACCAGCCACGUGAUCCCCUACGGCCGCGAAGACAUGUUUCCGCUGCAGGUCGGGAUGCCCAACCUGGCGCUGACCGACGCGGCUGUCAUGGACGCCAUCCUGGCCCUGGCCGCGUCGUGCGAGUGCCACGACACGCUGCACAGCGGCGGCGACGCGACGUCGCCCGCGACGCUCGACGAGGUCGGCGACUUGCUACGCCUGGCGGACCGCCACCACCAGACGUCGCUGGGCCGGCUGCAGCACGACGUCCAGGCGCGGCGGUUCCAGUCGGUGCUGCCCAACGCCGCGCUCAUGGUGCUGUACGCGCUGUCGAGCCACCACGCGCGCGUGCUGCUGGCCCGGCGCGCGCGGCGGCUCGGCGUCGCGCUCGCCCGCGACGUGCUGCCGUUUCCGUCGCAGUGGAUCACGUCGAUUCGCGCCGCGCACGGCGCGUUUGUCGGGCUGCUGCGGCCCGGAUUUGCCUCGCCGCGUGCGCGUGUGAGGGAGGAGGAGGAGGAGGAGGAGGAAGAGCAGGAGGCGGAAGAGAGGCUGGCUGCCGCGCCGCUUGGUGCUGCUGGCGACGGCACGUGCAGGUUCCAAGACGGCCCGGCAGAGGAAACGAGGCGGCUGCUGCUGCCCAUCAUCACGAGCACGUACGGCGCUGCGCUGGAGCGACUGCGGGCACGCAGCGAUGCCGGCAACCUCGCGGCCAGCACUGCCAAGUCGGACGCCUGCGGCAGCGCCCUCGCGAUCCUCCAAGAGCUCUUCUACGCUGUCCUGGGCGGCCAUGACCAUUAUCCUCGGCCGCCACCGCGACCGCCGCCGGACUUGUGCGCGCUGGACAAUGCGCCGCCGUGGCUGGUCCGGUACCUGGCGCGGGUGACGUCGGCGACGCCUUCCAAGCUGUGGCGGCGGCGGAUCAUGGCCUUUCUGAACCAGGUGCCAUUUGAGUUUUUGCAGCUCGUGCAGCGGGCCCUCGACUGCAUGCCGGUGGACGACGACGGCCUGCCGCGGCCGCGGCCGCCGCUCGAGGCCGCGCACAAGCCCGCCAUGGACAUUUUCGCGCACUGGCUGGUGCUGGUGAUGCUGCUGGACGGCGUGUGGUGGAUCGGCGACGUCGGGCACUGGGAGCUGCGCCGCAUCGUCCGCUUCGUCGCGGCGCAGGGCUUCGUGGUGGCCUUGGUCGAGGGCGAGACGUGGUGGCCGGAAACCAUGUACGCGAUCAAGUCCACCCUGGGCACUGCGGCGUGA